AUGUCAACGGCCAUGGCCCUUGAGAAAUCCAGAGGAGGCGCGCCUGUUGCGGCAUUUUGUGGACAACGUUGCACCCUUCACUUCGAUCCUUUUGUGUCGGACCGUUACUACCAGGCGUGUCUGGCGAAAUUAAUCCCCGCACUGAAUGACCACGGGGUAACGACGGAUGACGAUCUGCUAGCUGCUACGGUGAUCCUACGCUUACUGGAAGAAUUUGAUGUUCCACUUGCGGGGACUGAUAUUCGAGGUCACUCCUUCGGGACGAAGGCUUUCAUACGGGGCCCAACACUAAUGACCACUACUCCAAGUCUGCGGCAGGCUGUUUACUGGAGUGGCCUACGCCAGGAGAUUUAUAACGCACUUAGUCUUCAACAAGCCCCCGAUAUUGAUCUGAGUUGCCUGAACUUGAAUUCCCACUUUAGUUCACUGGGUCCAGAUGCGGGUGAUUGCACAUGGGCGAACCAAGCAAUCGCUCACUGUGCAGAUGUUUUGUUAUUUUGUUUUGGAACAGCCCCUCGCUCGGUAGAAGUGCAUGCGCAGCUAAAGGCACAGAAUCAGCAUUGGAGUAAGGCGCGGCCGGAUUCUUUCGAUCCAUAUUUUGUUGGCGAAGAGAUGGAGAUUGGAGCCACAUUCCCGGACAUUCGUUUCGGGUGUGCCUGGCACGCUAUCGGCAAUCAAUAUAACGAUCUUGCACAGAUUCUACUUUCAGUGCAUGAUCCAAGUCUACCCACAGUUGGACCUCUGCGCCCGCGGUUGGUCCAAGAAGCCGAUGAUCACAUCCGUAAGGGGGUUUGGACAGUGUGUGGAGCUUCAUUAUCCAAUUCCUCUGUACCUCCAGCCAUGGUUGUUGGAUGUAUGGCUAUUCAUCUCUGCGGCGAUCGGUUCACGGACCCACGCGAACGGGACCUUUUGAUUCAGGUUCUCAUCCAAACGGAUACGCUUCAUGGCUGGCCGACCCAUGAGCUUCAGCGACAACUUCGAGAGACGUGGGGAAUGCGAUGA